UUUUUACAAUAUUAUUUCCAGAUAACAACAGAGUUAUCUUAUUUUUUGAAAAAUAUGUUUUUAUUUUUGACAAUUUUAUUAUAUUAAUUUAUAAUCAUUAUCUAGGAUAACAUAUAAAUCUAAAAUUAUUAAUAUAAAUUUGUUUUUAAUUAUAUCAGAAGUUACAUAUAAACUUUUCAUUAAAAAAGAGAAAUUUUAUGUUUACCACUUUCGUGGUACCAUUUUUCAUCUUUACCACCACUAAACGGACAUUUUCAAAAAUAAAUUCUUUAUUAAAUGACAAAAGACUCUUAUACCCUUGUUAUCUAUAUAUAUAAUAAAUUAUUAUUUAAAUAAAUAAAAAUUAAAAAAAAAUUAUGUUUUUGAAUUAUAUUUUUUUAAAUUCUAAUUUUUUUAUAAUUUUUUUUUAUGUUUUUGAAUAUCAUUGAGUUUAACCACUCUAAUUUUUAACAUGAGAAUUUCGUUUCAAAAAAUCAUUUCGCAAAUAAUAGUAUAGGUAAUUAUAAAAUCUGAUAUUAAUAUAUUAAGAGCACUCCAAAAAAGGCUUUUGACAAGUCUCUAAUAAUUAAAAAUAAAGAAAAAAUUAGUAAUUAUAAUAAAAGGUAAGCAAAGGUUCUCAUUUAAUGAACUUUCAGAAUUUUACUAUAACUUUUUUGCCACGUGUCAACAUUUAGCUAUUUUAAUCAUUUAACAUAAUUCUAAAAUUAAUUAGGCAUGGGCAUUCGGAUAACCGGUUCGGAUCCGGGUCAAAUUUUUUGGAUUUCAGAUAUUUCAGAACUAGAGAAAUUGGUACCGAUCGGAUAAUUUAAAAUUCCUGUUCGGAUACAGUUCGGUACAUGUCGGAUCCGGUUACAUCCGAAAUAACCAAAAAAAUUAAUGGAUUUGGUCCGGCUCUCAGUAUAUACCAAACCAUUUAAUCCGAUAGAACCGAAUAUAAUCCAAAAGAAUCGAAGAUAUUCUAAAUAUCCGAAAAAAAACAUAAACAAGAUAACUAAAAUUACAAUACAAUAACAUAACAUAACCAUUUUAAUAUAACCAAAGAAAAGUUUAAUCUCCAAAAUGAAAACAAACAUAAUAGAUUACUAGGGUUAUCUUAAUUAAGGUUUAAUUCGGAUUUUUUGGAUGACCCAUACGGAUCUCGGAUAUUACCCGUAUCCGACCCGGUACCCGACCAAAUUUUAAACUUUAUCCAACCGGGUAUUUUUCUGUAUCCAACUCCGAUAUGAAACCUGAUUUUUCGGGUAAAUACUGGUUCAGAUCUUCGGACCCGGAGAAUAUGUCCAUGCCUAAAAUCAAUUGUCUCAUUAAUAUUUGUUAAACUAAAACUUUUUCUUUUGUGAGAACCUUAUUUUGGGUAUUAGACCGUUGAGCCUGCUCUAAGAUGUCUAAUAUUCUUAAUUAGUUUUAUAAUAUGAUUGUAGCCUAUACAUUAUGAAAUAGAUUGAUUUUGAUGACAAAAUAAGAAGAUAAACUGUGUUUGAAAGAGGAAGUGAAUGUGAGUAGGUAUGGUCAAACUGAUGUUGUUGGGUAAAACCUAUAAAGGUGUUGAGUAAGAUGAAUCUCGCCCCUUUCACACAUUCUUCAUCAUGCAUCAUUAAUAAUAGAGGUGAGAAAGAAGGUGCUCAAUCUCAGUCAAUGCAUUGUCUAUAAGAUAAUUCAAAGAUAUUAUUAUGCAUGUUUGACAAACAUGUUUCCAUACUCAUGAUCCAAUGUAGAUUUAGAGUUCUCACACACCAUUUAUAGUAUAACUUUAAUUGCAUUUCAUAUUGUCUUUUAACUUUUAUUUGGUCUCAUUGGUUGGUGGUGUACAUCAUGGUUUCAAAAGGAUAAUUGGUCUGUCUGAGUGUUUUUCUUGUUACACUUACAAUGACUGCUUUUGGAUCCUUUUUUCUUUAAAUUAAUUUUAAUUGCAAGAUCUUAGAUGGCUAAUAAUAAACUUUACACUUCGAUUACUUACCUUUUACAUCCUCACAAAUUUUUCAGGUGUCAAGAAAAGCAUUACCGGCAAAAUAAGAAAAAGGGUCACCGACAACAUUUAAGUAUAGUAGUUCUGUCUUGGAGUGCUAGAUAGUACUAAGGUGUCGGCAGAAAAGGAGUAUUACCUAAGAUUCUAGCUGAUUUCUGUUUUUAAACUUUAAACUUUGAAAAUUUUAAAUAGUCAAGAAAACAUAAGAAAAAUACAAAGGCGGAGACGAUUGUGAUGAACAUGUUCAGACAAUUAAUAUAUAUUUGUUGCUAAACUACAAUGAUGAUAAAAACGAUAUUACCACAAAUGUAACUGUCACGCCUAUCUGUGUUAUUUUAAUUCAAUCAUAACAACGUGGACAACACCAAGCUGUUUCUUAACAUUUUCAACUAAUAACUUAGAUGUAAAAUGUACUUAUUUUAUGCAUUAUGCAGAACUAACUAAUUUGAUUUUUGAAGUAAGGGAAUUAUCUUGGAAAGGAUCUAAUCUCAAACGUGAAAGUGAAAGGUUAUAUUCAUGUGGGGGUUCACAAUUCAUAAUUAUUUAUAACAUGAUUGAACAAAGAACAUUUCUCAAAUGUCUUAUUUCAGUGACACUCCAACGCAUGUGGCUCUUCUUUCUUUAUUGUUCUUUUUUUUUUUUUUUUGACGUCUUUCUUUAUUGUUCUUAAAGAUACAAAUGUUUAUCUUUUUCAUAUAUGUUUCGAAUUAUAUACAUAUAUCAUGAUUUAUAUGGGAAAAUAAAGUUAUUUUAACGCUGAAUUAUAAUAAAAAUUUAUAUGGAUGUUUAGAAAUUAUUUUUAAUAUGUUUAACGAAGAAAAAUAAAUGAUGAAACACUAAAUAAAAUUUUCAUAAUUGCUAUAAUUAAUGAUUACAUGUGAUAUUAUAUGGAUUGUUUGACAAUUAAUAUUAACUGGUUUUAGGAUUGUUUCUUCUAGACUUGAUUAUAAUAAAUAAAAUUUAAAAAUUAUUAACCAAUCAAAUUUUAGUACUUUUUAAAAAAAAUUACCUAUGACACAUAAACAAAAGUUAUUUAAAUAGACUUUUAAUCUAAUAUUUUCUCCGUUUCAAAAAUAUACAUGUUAUAGAAAAAAAAAUUGUUUCAAAAAAUAUAUUUUUAUAUUUUCAAUGUAUUUUUUAAUUAAUAAUAAUAAAAUGUAAAUUUCAAAAAUAUUAAUUGUAUUUUUUAAAACAUUAUUGGUUUAAAGAUAUAUGAAAUGUAAAAUUACAAAAGUUAUACAUUAAUAACUAAAUUUUAUUAUAUUUUAUUAAUAAGUAUGAAAAUUAUAAAAUAUGUAUUAUUUUGAAAUGGAUAGAGUAUACAGCAUCAUCCUAUCAUUAAACUUAUUUAAAUGUUUAUGUUUUUAUCUAUAACUUCAAAUUAAAAUUCAAUUAUCUCCUGGCUUCGGCUUUGGGAUUACAUAUAAUACAAUUUUGUGUACAGUGAAACAAAUCUAAAUACAGAAAAUAUAGAUCUGUCUUAGUGGGUAUACAAUUUUUCAAUCAAGCUCACAUUUUUCUAAUGGGAGCGCUUUUCAAAUCUUGUUAUUUUGGUAUAAAGAGAUAAUUUUCCAUUUGGGUUUCAUAAGUUUGGAUUCAUUUGAGUGACCAUUCAUUCACCGAAGCGAAAGGACAAAACUUUUCCUAAUUCUGGGUUCUAUUCUACCGACAAGAGCUGACUUCGUCAAUCCUGAGUUGAAGUUUGUCAAGCAUGGUUCCGGCAAGGAACGGGUCAGCGAUACCAGUUCUUGGGUUCUUGAUAUGUGCAGCCUUCAUCUACCUCUCGUUCAGGGACUUGUGGCUGAAUCACAAGUGGAGAACGGAGAUAGGGUUUGUGAAACGGAACGGAACUCAGUUCGUGGUGGACGGUAAGGCUCUGUAUGUGAAUGGGUGGAACUCGUAUUGGUUCAUGGACCAUGCGGUUAAUGAACACAGUAGAUACCUUGUGAGUGAAAUGCUCGAAACUGGAGCCAAGAUGGGUCUCACUGUUUGUAGAACUUGGGCUUUUAAUGACGGUGGAUACAACGCUCUUCAGAUCUCUCCUGGCAGAUUCGAUGAGCGAGUCUUCAAGGCCUUGGAUCAUGUGAUUGCAGAGGCGAAGAAGCAUGAUGUUAGGUUGCUUCUUUGCUUAGUGAACAACUUGCAGGCGUACGGAGGGAAGUCACAGUAUGUGCAAUGGGCAUGGCAAGAAGGAGUUGGUCUCAGCUCCUCUAAUGAUUCCUUCUUCUUUGACCCUUCUAUCCGCAAAUACUUCAAGAACUAUCUCACGGCUCUGCUGACUCGCAAGAACUCAGUAACUGGAAUAGAGUACAGAAACGACCCGACGAUUUUCGCUUGGGAGUUGAUAAACGAGCCUAGAUGCACCUCUGAUGUCUCUGGCGACACUCUCCAAGUCAGUCCUGCAUUUUCUCACUUAUUAGUUAUCACUUUCAGAUUGUUUACUAUUCAACAAAAGUAUCAAUAUGGUGUUGUUCUUGUGGGAUCACAGGACUGGAUAGACGAAAUGACAAGCUUCAUAAAAUCAAUUGAUGACAAGCAUCUCCUCACUGUUGGUCUUGAAGGCUUCUACGGUCCCAAUAGCCCGAAACGGCUGACAGUUAAUCCAGAAAUGUGGCCCUCUGAGCUUGGAACAGACUUUGUUCGAAACUCAAACUCCUCAAACAUAGACUUCGCGUCUGUUCACAUCUACCCUGAUCACUGGUUUCAUAAUCAAACCUUUGAAGAUAAGCUAAAGUUCGUGGUGCAAUGGAUGCAAUCUCACAUCGAAGACGGGAUGAAAGAGCUCAAGAAGCCAGUCCUGUUCACGGAGUUUGGGCUCUCGAACCUGAACAAAGACUACGAGCCAUCGCAGAGAGAACGUUUCUACAGAACCAUCUUCGACGUGGUGUACAAAUCAGCAAAGAGAAGGAAGGCAGGGGCGGGGACGCUGGUGUGGCAGCUGUUCAUGGAAGGCAUGGAAGGUUUCAACGACGAGUUUGGGAUUGUUCCACACGAACAAGACCCCAUGUAUAGGUUAAUGGUCGAACAAUCUUGCAGGUUGGGUAAAGUCACAGGACGUCGUGAGGAACAUAAGUUGAGAAAACUGUGUUCCCACAAACAUUGAGAGAAUCAUAUGUACACUGAGUUGUUUUUUUGUAUACAGUGAGAUCUGAUUCUAAUUUUAAUCCAACUCUUAUAAUAAAAAUUUACUUUCAUAGAGU